AUGUUUGCAUACUACAAUAAAAAAAAGAAUCAAAUAUUAAUAAUUACACAAACACCAAUUGCUUAUCCUGUAGGUAAAAAAAACGCUCUUUUUGAAUCAUGGGAUAAUAAGGAAAUAGAUGAAAAUAGUUUAGAAAGUAGUCGAAUAUUAAAUAUAUUGCGCAAUGAAGAUAAUGAUUUGUAUCAUAUUGGGUGUUUGCUAUACGAAAAUUAUACUGGUGCACAAUUGCUCCAUAUUAAUUAUAAUAAUGUUUGUGAUCUUUUCAAAGAAUGGUUGAAUAAAAGAAUAAAUGUAUACAGAGAGAAAAACAAAUUAUGUAGCAAGAACUUAUUACUAGAUAAGAGAUUUAUGGCUCUAUGGGAAGAAAAAGUAAAUGCUCAGGAUGAUGAUGAUGAUGGAAAAAAUUGGUGCAAUUGGGAAGUAUCCACUGGAUAUUCCUGUUAUAUCCUAUCUCCAUUGAAAUCCUUUUUUUGUACACUAUUUUAUGCUGAAAUCAAGAAAUUUUUAUAUGAUAAAAGUUAUAGGAAGACCUUAAUAAGGUAUUAUAUACAGAAAUUAUUUCACAUUAGACAUAGAUUAUAUAUUUCAUUAGAUUCAGAAAGUAACUUUAUUAAUAUGCUUUACCCUUGUGGGAAUUAG